AAUGUCUGAGGAGCAAUAAGAAUUUGAAGGUUAAGAAGGAUAAGAAGGUAUGCAUGAAGAAUAAUCUGAACAAUAAUAACAAUAAUAGCAAUAAUAACAAUAAUAAUAAUAAUAAUAAAAUCAGACAUAACAAAAAUAAAAACCUGUUGUCCCAAAAAAUGAUCCUCCUCAAGAAGGAGCAAUUAUAUUUGAUUUUGAAGUUUGUAUGGAUUGCUCUUCUCAUGCAUGGUGUACUCAUCAUGAUGAAAAUAAAUAUACAUAAUUGUAUUUGGAUUGCAAAGCAGGUAUUCAAUUAGAUAUUAAUAAUAUUAGAGAUUGAAGCAUAAAUUCCUAAAUCUUAUUGCACAUAUAAUGCUAAGAAAAAACCCUCAACUGGAGCUUUUGAAAUUUCUCAUUAAGGUAAACAGUUAUAUAAAUUUAUAGGAAUCAUUAUUUUUUCAAAGAAAAACUCUUAAGUAUUCCCAUAACCUAAACUAUUACCUGAAAGAAUAAGAUAGUUCUUAGAUGAUUUGGAAAAUAAAAGAGAUGUGAAUAAGUGGGCAACAAAAAAAGAAAUAAAAUAAGAGUAACCAAGAUAAAUCAAGGAAAGACCUACAUUUUAAACCUAUAUGAAAUAAAGAGAAGAAUAAGAAAGAUUAGCUAAAGAGUAGAAACAAAAAUAAGAGGAAGAAGAAAGAUUAAAAUAAGAAUAGGAAGAGAGAGAUAGAUAAGAAAGAGAAAGAUAAGAAGAGGAAUAAAGGAAAAUAGAAGAAGAAAAAAGAAGACAAGAAGAAUAAAGAUAGGCUGAAGAAAAGGCUGCUGCAGAAGAAAAGGAAAGAUAAGAAUAAGAGUAAAAGAAACUUGAAUAAUAAUAAGAAGAAGCAAAUAAAGAAUAAUAAGAAUAAGAGUAGUAAUAGGAAGGAGAAAAAUAACCAGAGUGAAC